CUAAAACCGUUGGUUGCAGUUUGUCAUUAGUCCGUUUGAAUUUUUGUUUACUUUACCUGUGUAGUGGUAUGAAAUAUUUAAAUAUUCCAAAUUCUACACAUUUUUUACCAAAAGGCGUGUGAAGAGAGUAGAAAACAGUCCAUUGGCAUUCGAAGUGAAUAGUUUCGCCUGUAUAUAUUAAAUCAUUAUGUUUUUUCAAAUCUCCCCAGUUGUUGGCAGGAAGCGAAAACCUGUUGAGCAAAAAAAGCCGGAACAAGAGGAAAUUGACACUUUAUCCCUUGCACCGUUUGGUGAAAAUCCAAAAAUCGUUUUUGAUAAUGUUAUAGUUGGUACCACAAUAAAAAGGAAACUGGUUAUAAAAAAUCCCACUAAUCAGGAUAUUACUUUGUUUGUUAGGACAUCUGUACCAGAUGAACUAAACUUCUCUCUGAGCUGGAACAAAGCUACUAUUGAAAAGAACAAUGAGCAUCUCUUAGAAAUGAUAUGGGCCCCUAUAAAAAAAGAGGCCUCUAGAUAUUCGUUUAUACUCUUAGAUGGUAAAAGGAUCAGUAGAAACAUAGGGGUUACUUUUAAGGCUAUAUGUGCAAAGCAGGAAAAGACCGGAAAUGGCACAAAAAAACCAAAAACAGCAGUGAACCUUCCGCUUAUCCGAAAACCUGUUUCACCAGUGAAAAAACUGCGACCUCUUAAAAACUCUCCUAUUAGAAAUCCUUUGAAAAAUCGACAUUCACCCUCACCCCAUCGAAAAUAUUCCAAUAACAACGGUGAAGUUGCGUCACACAAAAAAUACUCAUCGCAUGGUAGCUUGAAACCUGCACUUAAAGAAAAUAAAGAAAAUACGUCGCCUGUUAGACAAGAGAUGGGGAACUUCUUAAGCCCAACUAAUAACCCGUUUUUCACAGACAAGUUCAACGCUAACUAUGAGAGGCGGGACACCUACGUGGUUGACAAGGAAAACAUUCCGAAAAACGCAACUUUUCAAUUGGCACCUUCACCGUUGGACACGAAAGAGUCGUUUUACCUGCACAGUGAAGAAAACUCGCCAUAUUUUAGGGACAGCUUAGACUCACCGAGAAUGGACGUUUUAAGGACGCGUAACGUUAUCGAAGAGAAAACGCCCACGUUGGAGAGUUUGGUGCGACCGAGAAAGCGACUGGGUUCUACUACCAACACGUUUGAGGAUCGAUUGAAGGUGAAUAAGUUCACGUUUUCGCCGGGGGUAGCUGUGACACCGCAAGCCGAGCAUACGUUCACGUUUGCCCCCGAGGUGUAUUCUACCGGCACCAAACCCCCUUCGAGCAAUAAUUCUUUGGAGAAUGCGAAUACCUUUACCGCCUUGGAUUUUUCUUCAAAUACUAAUGCCAACGGAGUAUCGACCAAAUGGGAUUUGCGUACAAGCAACAAGACCUUCGUAAACUGUAACUCUAGCGACUGCAGCCUCGAAACCUAUUUAAGAGAAAACAUUAGCGGCGACACUUUCGUCAAGGCAAACGUAAGCGGUGAAACGUUCACUAAAGCAAACGUUACGGGAGACACCUAUGUCAAAGACAACUCAAUAGGUAACAUAGAUCAAUUAGAUCUAUCUCCUGUAACAACUAAAACGUUCUUAAUACCGUCACCUGUGCGCACACUGUGUGGUACAUCUCCUAUGACCGAACGUAGCACAGUAUUAGGCAAAAAAUUGUCAAUGAUCGCGGAAGAAACGAUUACAAUGAACGAAACAGUCCAGUGUAACACUUUUAGAGUGUCAACAAGCAGCGGAGGAUUGCACUUGACUAAAUAUUUAAACGCUUCGGUCAAAGGACAACUACAACCACUCUUCAGCAUAUCGGAGACCACUACAAAAACGGUUACAGUAAAAAACCCACUUGUCUAUGCCAGAAUGGUCGAUCCAUUCAUGACCCCCGGGAUUUCUUCCGACGACGAGUGGAUCGAAGAACAGAUGCACAAUUUCACAAAAUGGUUGAAUGCACUGCUCACUCCGCCCGACGAGCUUGAAACGAACACAGAAAUCGACGUGGCGAAAGUGUGGCGCGAGUGCAGCAAAAAAGAGGUCAGCGAGGCGCCCUCCAAAGAGGCUCUCGCACUCAAAUGUCACACCAAUAAAAAACUCGAUUUUGUACGAAGACAGGCCCGGCAACUGUAUCGGUCCGCGGAAGUGAGCGCCGUGUUACAAAAAGUCGACAAUGUCAUCGAAACUGGCAGACUCUCAAUUAGGGAAGACAAGGAUCCGCACUUAAAUCUACAACUGAAGUCCGACGUAACCCGUUUAAUAUUAGGUUACAAUCCGUUAUGGCUCAGGAUCGGAUUGGAGACGAUUUACGACGAGAUCGUUCCGAUGCGGUCCAAUUCGGACACGCACACUUUAGCCACGUUUAUUUUGGAACGGUUACUAAAAGACCCACAGUUGAUGAGGAGGUAUAAGAACGUUUAUGCCAGUAAAUACUCGGUUGAGUUGAAGAAGUUUAUUUUGAAAAAGUUUCUUAGUUUGGUGUAUUUCCUGGAUAGGGCCAAGUCGGAGAAGCUGAUACAGCACGACCCGUGUCUGUUUUGCAAAAACGCUCUUGAAAAAGAAAGUAAACUGGUCCUAACGCAUUUUGCGAGAGAAACCCUUUCGGCUGUAGGGGAUAUCACUAAAUACCUGAAAUGUUUAGGUUAUGUGGUCACCCACGUGCAACAAUAUAUUCAUGAGUUUGAUUAUGCGGUGAAAAAUUUAGGAGGCGACUUACGUGACGGAGUGCGACUCACUCGAGUAAUGGAAAUCAUCCAAAUGCGAAGCGAUUUAACCGCGAAACUUCGCGUGCCGGCUAUUUCCAGACUACAAAAGAUCCAUAACUUGCAAGUGGUCUUUAAGUCGUUACAAGACUGCGGAUACAAGAUCCAGCAUGAUAUCGGGCCAAAGGACAUCGUUGAGGGACAUAAGGAGAAAAAUUUAUCGUUUUUAUGGCAGAUCAUUUACAAGUUCGAGGCUCCGUUGAUGGUGAAAAGUGCCACCACUAUUCAGACCUGGUUCCGGAGUCUUCCGGUGCAAAUUAAGCGGGAUCAGCUCAGGAGGGAGAGAGAGAAACGAGAAAACGCCGCCAGAAAGAUCCAGUUGUGGUAUCGCAGACAGAAGUUGGCCGAAAAAUAUUUUGCCCUAGGGGAGUUUAUCGAUAGUUACAUUGAACAGAGACGGAGACAUCGGGCAGCCGUUAAAAUCCAGAGUUUUUUCCGAAUGUGGGUUUGCCAAAGGCAGUUUGAGGUCCAGUAUAGGACCGUAACCAUGCUUCAAGCAUAUGCCAAGGGUUGGCUUGUAAGAAACUAUCAUCGGCAACGAAUUAUUGCUUGUAUAACAAUUCAGAAAGUAUUCAGAGGUUUUCUUUGCAGAAAGCGUUAUUUAGCACUGCACAAGUCUGUUGUUCUGGUGCAGCAAAGGUUUAAAGCCAACAGAUUGAUGACUAUUGAAAAACAGCGUUUUGAAAGCUUAAGAGAGCAUGUUGUAAAGGUGCAAAGGCGAUUUAGAGCAACCAGACAAAUGAAACUUGACAGGGAGCGGUAUUUAGCAAUGAAAUUUGCGGCAAUAAAAAUACUGUCUUGGUACAGGAUGUGUGUCACAAAAAAACGCUUUAUGCAAUUAAAGGAGUCCACAAUAUUAAUCCAAAAGACUUAUAGAGCCCAAAGGGAGAUGAAGUUGACCCGUUUAAGGUAUCUGGCUCUAAAACAAGCUGCGAUUUUCAUUCAACGUAGAUUUAGGGCUAAUAAAGAAAUAAAACAAGAGGCACUUUUGCGGCAAGAAGCUGCCGCCUUAAAAAUUCAGAGCUACUUUAAAAUGUGCCGUUUAAGAAACGAUUUUUUGAAGCUCAAAAGUGCCACAGUAACAGUCCAAGUACGUUUCAGAGCUCUGAUUGCGAUGAAACGUGAUAGAGCGUAUUAUUUGGCUCUAAAAGAAGCGACAAUAGUCAUUCAAAGACGGUUUAGGGCCAAUCAAAUGAUGACUAUUGAAAAACAGCGUUACGAAUGCUUAAGAGAGCAUGUUGUAAAGGUGCAAAAGAGGUUUAGAGCGACCAGACAAAUGAAACUUGACAGGGAGCGGUAUAUAGCAAUAAAAUCUACGGCAAUAAAAAUACAGUCUUGGUAUAGAAUGUGUGUCACAAAAAAACGCUUUAUACAAUUAAAAGAGUCCGCAAUAUUAAUCCAAAAGACUUAUAGAGCCCAAAGGGAGAUGAAGUUGACCCGUUUAAGGUAUCUGGCUCUAAAACAAGCUGCGAUUUUCAUUCAACGUAGAUUUAGGGCUAAUAAAGAAAUAAAACAAGAGGCACUUUUGCGGCAAGAAGCUGCCGCCUUAAAAAUUCAGAGCUACUUUAAAAUGUGCCGUUUAAGAAACGAUUUUUUGAAGCUCAAAAGUGCCACAGUAACAGUCCAAGUACGUUUCAGAGCUCUGAUUGCGAUGAAACGUGAUAGAGCGUAUUAUUUGGCUCUAAAAGAAGCGACAAUAGUCAUUCAAAGACGGUUUAGGGCCAAUCAAAUGAUGACUAUUGAAAAACAGCGUUACGAAUGCUUAAGAGAGCAUGUUGUAAAGGUGCAAAAGAGGUUUAGAGCGACCAGACAAAUGAAACUUGACAGGGAGCGGUAUAUAGCAAUAAAAUCUACGGCAAUAAAAAUACAGUCUUGGUAUAGAAUGUGUGUCACAAAAAAACGCUUUAUACAAUUAAAAGAGUCCGCAAUAUUAAUCCAAAAGACUUAUAGAGCCCAAAGGGAGACGAAGUUGACCCGUUUAAGGUAUCUGGCUCUAAAACAAGCUGCGAUUUUCAUUCAACGUAGAUUUAGGGCUAAUAAAGAAAUAAAACAAGAGGCACUUUUGCGGCAAGAAGCUGCCGCCUUAAAAAUUCAGAGCUACUUUAAAAUGUGCCGUUUAAGAAACGAUUUUUUGAAGCUCAAAAGUGCCACUGUAACAGUCCAAGUGCGUUUCAGAGCUCUGAUUGCGAUGAAACGUGAUAGAGCGUAUUAUUUGGCUCUAAAAGGAGCGACAAGAGUCAUUCAAAGACGGUUUAGGGCCAACGUGGCAGCAAGAACGUGCAGAGAAGACUUCGUAGCUCUUAGAAGCGCCGCUAUUACAAUACAGCGCCGAUUUCGAAUCAAUAAAUUAGUAGCGACUCAAAUGAUGGAAUACUGCAGACUGAAAUGGGCUGCGAUAGUGAUCCAACGUCGCUAUAGAGCUAAUAAAGCGAUGAAAGAACAGAUGGAGAAGUUUAAGACGUUGAGGAGCGCUACGUUUGUUAUGCAGCGUCGUUGGAAGGCGACGCUUUUAGCUAGGGAGCAAAGAAGGAGUUUCUUGAAAUUCAAAGAGUCUUUGAUUAUAAUUCAGCGGUUUUAUAGGGAUUAUGUGCUGACGAAGAGGUUACGUAGUCGGUUUUUGGAGGUGAGGGAGGCGGUGUUGCAGAUUCAGAGGUUUAGCCGAGGGUAUUUGGUGAGGAAGAAAUAUGCGGCGCUGUUAAAACCUGAAGCUGUAGAGUCUAGGAGAAUGUUGAGGGUACAGUCUGCUGCCGCUGUUAAGAUCCAGGCACUCUUCAGGGGUUACCGCAUAAGAAAAUCGAAUAUUCCCGAAGUGAUUGCUCUGAGAAAACGACGUGAGAAUCGAGCGAUUCACCAUAAACCCGCUGGCGGAACGAUGACGCUCGCAGAACGUUGCGACGUCGCGAUGACCUGCAUGAUUGCCGAAAACUCUUCACUGUUGAUGGUGAUCAGUGCAUUAGAAGAUAUCGAUUUCAUCUCACGUCACUCGCAAAGGCUCUGCCUAGUUCUAAGUCAGAUACUCCCGAUCCAGUUAUAUUUAAUCAUAAAGUCAGCGGCCAGAUCCCUCCCGGAAAUGAACGCCCUGAACACCGCCACGGCGAUUCUGAUUAAUUUUUGCAAAUAUCCGAAGACCCGUGAGCACAGUUGGUCGGAGGAGCACAUCGACGAUCUGGUCAACGUUAUGUUACAUUGGUGCGACAAGGAGGCACCGCUGUUUUCCACCCUUUGCACGCUGGUCUGGCUUUUUGGACAUGAAGACAAAUGGAAGAAGGUUCUCAUCUCAUUACCAAACAUCCAACAGAGGUUCAGCAAAAUUCGCUCCUUAGUAAAUCGGAAGCAAAGUAUGGUAAUGAAAUCGACACGGAUAAACCAUAAAUCACCCUUCGGCCCUAUAAACGGUCUUAAACUGCCGACAAGAACGGCCAAUUGGGGUCUGGACUAUGAUCGACCCAACACCUUUACGAAUGCCGUGUUUGCCGUUACGAACGUGAUGAAAAUUUUGAAUUUUCUAGAUAAGUGAUAUGAUAUUUUUGUACCGAAUUGUUAAGUAAUAUUUAUUGUUUUUGUUUAUUGUAUAUUUAUGUUUUGUUUUUACUUUUCUUGUAUUUUAAUGGCUUGACUUCUCGAAUGUAAUUUUAAUAAGUUUCACAAAA